AUGGGGGUCAGCCUGCUGUCCCUAGGGGUCAGCCAGAUCUCUCAGGAGGGCAUCCAGUUCAUGGGAGGCAAUCAGAUGUUCCCAGAGGUCAGGGAGGUGUUCCUUGUGGUCAGCCAGAUUUCCCAGUGGUCCUCCUAUUCUUCUUCUUCUUCUUCUUCUUCUUCUUCUUCUUCUUCUUCUUCUUCUUCUUCUUCUUCUUCUUCUUCUUCUUCUUCUUCUUCUUCUUCUCUACUUUCUCCAGGGGUUGCUGCCAUCAGUCAGGACGACUCGGCGGUCAGCAGCAGCGCCACGGUAGCCGCCUUGUCCUCCAGAAACAGCAAUAUCAGCACCACCACCGCGGAGCAAACUUCGAAUGCGGGUGAUGCCGUGACGAACUCUGCGCACUUAGGAAGUGCUGUCUCUUCUGCUGGGACCCCCGCUGCGGCCGCGCCCGCAGUCACCCUAAUCAACAAAGGACCAGGAUCUGUGGUGCUGCCGCUGGGGACGCUGGGGAAGGGAAAUGCUCUCAAUGCCGUUUUGCCUCCAGCUUCUUCUAACGCCGUUCUCCAGACUUUCCCCUUCAGCACUGCUGCGUCCUCUUCCUCGCGCACCACCAUCUCCUCCGCCAGCACUGGAGAAGUGGGACCCACCGUGGUACUAGUGAGGCCACCAAUUCAAACAGCAGCACCUGCUGCAGCUUCUGUUCCUGCAGCUACCCAGAACGGGAGCAAUACUGUUAUCAAUUCAACUACCACUGCGCGGACUUCGACUGGCACUGCGGCUGCUCCUGGAGUUUCCCUUCAGGCGUCCCUUGUGAGCAGCCAACCUGGCUCCAGCAUGCCAGCCACAGUCACCCUACAGGUCAUCAAAUCAGAGCCCCCUAAAACUAUUGUUCAGGUAGCGUCUCAACAGCAAAUAUUGACAAUCAGUGGCCAGUCCGCCACAGGGGGUAACACGAUCACCGAGCAAACUAGGCAAGGUGGCAUUCCCAAUCCUAGUGGGAAACCACCUCCUCCUCCAGUUCCUGGGACCUCUACAGGGGUGGCUAAAGACACUGCCAAUACAGUGGCACAAAGUCUGCCAGGGACUUCAACAGCUACUACUGGUGGUAUUCGAGAACUUCUACCACCUAAGAAUCCUACAAAUACUCAAACUGUUCGGCUACCCCCAGGUAUGGUCCUUAUUCGAUGUGCGAAUGGACAGUUGUUAAUGCUUACUCAACAGACCUUGGCACAGUUGCAGGCCCAGACCCAGGCUCAGUCACAACUUCGGAAUACCGUGGCAUCAUGCCCUGCCACUACCACCAGCGCCCCUCCUGUUAAGACAUCAACUGUGCAGGCUCCUGGAAGAACAACGAUUGCACAGCAAGUGACACCAACUACCACAAUUAAGCAAGCGUCUCAGGCACAGAAAACUGUACCGCCAACUACAUUACAGCAGCCUCCCCCAGUACAGCCUCAGAUUGUUGUGGGUGGUAGUGCACAGACAGCUGCAUCAGGAACAGCUCCCACUGUACAGUCUGAAACUCCUCAGACGGCUGUACAAGGAGCCACAACAAUUUCUGCUGCCACCACAGAAACAAUGGAAAAUGGGAAGAAAUGUAAGAAUUUUCUAUCUACAUUAAUAAAACUGGCCUCCUCUGGUAAACAGUCUACAGAGACAGCAGCAAACGUCAAAGAAUUAGUGAAGAAUUUGCUGGAUGGGAAAAUCGAAGCAGAAGAUUUUACCAGCAGGUUAUACAGACAACUGAAUUCUUCACCUCAACCUUACCUCCUGCCUUUCCUGAAGAAGAGUUUACCUGCUUUGAGACAGCUAACACCAGAUUCGGCAGCUUUUAUCCAGCAAAGUCAGCAACAACAGCCCAGCACACAGGCAACAACUGCCUUGCCCGCAGUGGUGCAGAGCAGCGCGGUUCAGAGCACUGCCGGCAAGACUUCGGCCACCAUCACUAGCACUCUUCAGCCGCGGGUCAUCAAGCAGAUACAACCCGCACCAGUUAGCGUUAGCAAACAAGGACUACCUACACCUCUGGUUAUCCAACAACCUCGGAAACCAGGGGCGUUGAUAAGACCUCCACAGGUAACAUCGCCACAAACUCUUACGAUAGCAUUGCGACAGCCACACAAUAGUCGCAUACUCACUGCUCCUCAGCAAAUUCAACUAAGUCAGCUUAAAACAAUUCCUGCGGUCAAAUCUCCAGCAUUACCUGGCACCAAAGCUCUUUCUACUGUUUUGGUGCAAGCGACUGCUGCGCAAAAGAACAAAUCUAAAGAAGCUGGGGCUGGUUCUUUCCAGGACGAUGAUGACGUUAAUGAUGUUACAUUCAUGGCAGGAGUCAACUUAUUAGAGGAGAGUGUAAGAAUAUUGGCAGCAAAUUCUGAAUUAGUGGGUACAUUAAUAAGGUCUUGUCACGAUGAAACCUUUCUCCUUUCAGGACCAUUACAAAGAAGGAUAUUAGAAAUAGCUAAAAAGCAUGGAAUUACAGAACUGCAUCCUGAUGUAAUAAGUUAUGUGUCAUGCGCAACACAGCAAAGGCUACAAAACCUCGUAGAAAAAGUAUCAGGAAUUGCCCAACAAAAGUAUAUUUCUUAUAAGGACGAUGAAAGAUACGAACAGAUAAGCGAUGUCCGGGCACAGCUCAAAUUCUUUGAACAGCUUGAUAAAAUUGAAAAACGGAGGAAAAAUGAACAAGAGAGAGAAAUUUUAAUGCGAGCGGCAAAGUCUCGAUCUAGGCAAGAAGAUCCCGAACAACUUAGAUUGAAACAGAGGGCAAAGGAGAUGCAGCGACAAGAACUAGAACAGCAGAGGCAAAGGGAUGCAAACUUAACUGCAUUACAAGCUAUUGGUUCUACGAGAAAAAGGAAAGUGGAUUUUUUGGAAUCUGGAUCAGGGGCAGACGGGUCUAGAAAAAGUACAGCAGUUCCGGGCAUUUCCGGAGUUGGAACGGCUAGACAGUUUACGCCACAAAGGAUAACUCGGGUCACCCUCAGGGAUCUCAUAUUUUGUUUAGAAAAUGAGCGGCAGACAAGACAUUCACUAUUGUUAUACAAAGCGUUCCUUAAAUAA